AUGAUGGUGACCGAGCGUGGUGGAAAACAACCAUCAUCGCGUACAUUGUUGCGUGGGAAUGCGUUCUUGUAUUCGGUUGCCGCCUUUGCCGCGUUAGGGCAAUUCUUGUUUGGAUAUGAUCAAGGAGUGAUGUCAGGUGUACUUGUAAAUCAACGUUGGCUUGAAUUAUUUCAUUAUCCGGAUGCUGUCAUGAAAGGCCUUGUUGUAGCCAUCUUUGAAUUAGGAGCAUUGGUAACUUCAGUGAUAGCUGGUUGGGCCAUUGAUCAUUUUGGUCGCGUUGGGACCAUUCGUAUUGGUGCCUUUGUUUUCAUCAUUGGCGGUACCUUGCAAACAGCUGCCAACCACAUUGCUCUAUUGCUGGUGGGUCGUUUAGUUGCUGGCUUUGGUGUUGGCUUUUUUAGCACUGUCAUACCCAUCUAUUCUGCAGAGCUUGGACGUGCCGAAAAUCGUGGUGUCGUAGCUGUGUUUAGUAUGAGCAUCAUCCUUGUCGGGCUUGCAGCAUCAGGUAGUCCUAGCAACAUCAUCAGCAUAUCCCCUACCCUAUUCAUCAUACAUGACAAGGAACAUGAUCACCCUGACGUGGUGCGGGAUCACGACCAAAUUCUUGAUGCGGUAAAGUUUGAAGAAACGCUGGGCAAGAUGACCUGGCGGGACAUGUUUGUCGUAUACAAACGACGUUCUUGGAUUGCCAUUAUUGUUCAAACAUGUGCUCAGCUUCAAGGAAUGAACGUUAUUAAUUACUAUGCACCUAUAAUCUACCAAAAAGUGCUAGGUCCGGGAAAGCUGGUAUUGCUCAUGAAUGGGGUUACUGCAACGAUCUUUGUAUUUGGUGCAUGGACAUGUAUGUUGCUGGUUGAACGAUGUGGACGCCGUCCUCUCUUUUUAGCAACAAGCCUCAAUCUUGCUCUAUGGCUGAUUCUCAUGGCAAUCUUUACAAGUGGUAUUGUAAGUGAUACAAGGGCUUCUUCUAUUAUGACCAUUGUUUGUGCAAUGGUGUUCAUUUUUACAGUUGGCCUUGCUUGGGGACCCGUCGCAUGGUUGUAUGUGGCCGAGAUCUUCCCAUUGCGAGCUAGGGCAAAGGGUGUGGCACUCUCAACAAUAUCACAUUGGUUAUGGAACUUUGCGGUGGGAUUAUGGACGCCACCGCUUCUUGAAAGCAUCGGCUGGGUUACCUAUCUUCUUUAUGCAGCCAUGUGCAUUGCCACGUUUAUCAUUGUUUACUUUACGUUUCUUGAGACCAAAGGAAAAACCCUUGAGGAAAUUGAAACCCUUUUUGGUGACAACAAUCAACAUGCUAGACAACUUAUUCAUUCUGGCAUUGGAAGCAACAAUAAACCACCUUCCACUUAA